CAUAAUUUCCUGCUGCUAGGAGAACGGUAGUGUGAGUCGGAUAGACAGGCAGAGAGCUGCAGCCCCACCGAACAGAAUAGAAAGCACCGCUGCAAGCUGCAUGGUAGGAAGGAUCUUCGCCACAUUGUUCCUCCGCAUUUAUUAAACCGCCCAGGAAUCCACCGCUCCGGGAAACGACCCUCUCCGCUGCCCGGGACGCACGAUGAUGAAGUUUAGGUUCCGUCGGCAGGGCAACGACCCACAGAGAGAGAAAAUUAAACAGGAAUUGUUCGCCUUCAACAAGACCGUGGAACAUGGGUUCCCCCACCAGCCCUGUGCGUUGGCCUUUGACCCCCAGCUGCAGCUCAUGGCCAUCGGGACCAAGUCUGGAGCCAUCAAGAUUUAUGGAUCUCCAGGGGUGGAGUUUACAGGACUACACAGAGACGCUGCAGCCGUAGCGCAGAUACACUUCCUCCAAGGACAGGGCCGUCUGUUGUCGCUGCUUGAUGACAACACGCUGCACCUGUGGGAGCUGGGCGGAGCUUCCCGGGACAGGGGAGGGGCUAAGAGCGAGGGUGUGGUCUACCUGGAAGAAAAACGCAACUACAGUCUCCUGGGACGACCUGGACUAGAGAGCUGCAGUGCAAGCCGUGUGACAGUUCUGCUGUUGUUGAGUUCAUGUGACCUGCUGUGUGUCGGCACCGAGGGAGGGGGCAUACACUUCCUGGAUCUGCCACGCCUCUCGUUGAGGGAUAACCAAUCACUCCUGCUGGAUCAGGUGAUGCAGAGCAUACCUGAGGACUACAGGUGUGGGAAGUCUCUGGGACCGGUGGAGUCGUUACAGGAACACCCCAAGCAGCCAGGGAAGAUUCUGAUUGGCUACAGCAGAGGCCUGGUCGUCCUAUGGGAUCUCAGCACCCGCAACGCAGAACACAUGUUCCUGGGAAAACAGCAGCUGGAGUCCCUGGUGUGGGAACGUUCCGGUAGCUCCUUCGUCAGUUCCCAUAGCGACGGGGGGUACAGCGUGUGGGCUGUUGCCAGUGGUAACACGUACACACACCAGCCUGUGUCCUCGUCCAUCCCCUAUGGUCCAUUCCCUUGUAAAGCCAUCAACAAGAUCUUAUGGAGGACGAUUCAGUCAGGGUGUCCAGUAGUCCUCUACAGUGGAGGAAUGCCCAGGGCCAGUUAUGGAGACCGUCACUGUGUGACCAUCCAACAGGACAAACAACACGUCACUCUAGACUUCACAUCCAGAGUUAUAGACUUCUUCACCGUCCACACCACUGACCCGGAGCACGACUAUGAUGAUCCUAAAGCCCUCGUGGUGUUACUAGAGGAGGAGCUGGUUGUAAUAGACCUCUUGACCACCGGGUGGCCCUCUGUCCCUCCUCCUUACCUGGCUCCGCUCCACUCCUCCGCCAUCACCACAUCCUGUCACCUGGACAACGUCCCCGCCAAGCUCUGGGACCGCCUGGCCGCCGCCGGGAACAACCAGGGCGCUCAGCCUGGAGUGAGACACGCACACGGGAGUUGGCCGAUAUGUGGAGGAAAGAAUCUAGCGCCCCCGCCCAGACAACAGGAGUUGCUGCUGACGGGGCAUGAGGACGGUACAGUGCGGUUCUGGAAUGUGUCUGCUGUUGCCAUGACUCCUCUCUACAAGCUCAGCACGGCUAACGUCUUCCAUACCGACUGUGACCCUAACGACGACCCCCUGGACCCUACCAAUGACCCCGAAGCACUGCAAGAGGAGGAGUGGCCUCCCUUCAGGAAGGUGGGCUGUUUUGAUCCGUAUAGUGAUGAUCCUCGUCUGGGGAUCCAGAAGAUCAGUCUGUGUAAAUACAGCUGUAGACUGGUGGUGGCCGGGACCGCUGGACAGGUGAUCGUACUGGGUCUGAGUGAUGAAUGGUCGGACCACACGGUCGAUGUCUCCACGGUCGACCUGCUUCAGGACCGAGAGGGGUUCACCUGGAAGGGCCAUGAUAGGCUGGAGCCCCGAGCCAGCCCCGCCCCCUUCCCUCCAGGCUUCCAACCAUUGGUCCUCGUGCAGGCCCUGCCCCCAGCCUCUGUUACCUCUGUGAUGCUGCAUGCGGAGUGGAACCUCGUAGCGUUCGGGACGAGUCACGGCUUCGGACUGUUUGACUACCACAGACGCACUGCUGUUCUGGCCAGGUGUACCCUGCACCCUAACGACUCCCUAGCGAUGGAGGGUCCUCUCAGCAGAGUGAAGAGUCUGAAGAAGUCUCUCAGACAGAGCUUCAGACGCAUCAGGAAGAGUAGAGUGUCUGGGAAGAAACGCCCCAUCCCCACCCCUACCAGCAAGAUCCAGGAGGCCAACGCAGCGCUAGCUGACCAGGAGGAAGUAGCUCCGGUGCAGAGGAGGAUCGAGCCGAGAUCAGCUGACGACUCUCUAUCAGGAGUGGUGCGAUGCCUCUGUUUCGCUGAUACGUACCUCAGAGACGGUACACACCACGGCCCGACGCUGUGGGCGGGGACAAACUCAGGGAGUGUGUAUGCUUACGCGUUGGAGGUCCCGGGUGUGGGGACGGGCCGUGGGCGGCCGGGGGGUGAGGGGAGCGGCUGUGUGGAGGCCGUGUUGGGGAAAGAGAUCCAGCUGAUGCACAGGGCUCCGGUCGUGUCCGUCUGCGUGCUGGACGGACGGGGGAAACCGUUACCAGAACCUUACCAAGCCUCUCUGGACCUGGCUACUGCUCCAGACAUGACUAACCCACACUCUGUCCUCAUCGCUUCAGAGGAACAACUCAAGGUGUUCAGUCUUCCUAAGGUCGGUGCGAAGACCAAGUUCAAGCUGACGGCUCAUGAGGGUUGUCGUGUGCGGAGGGUUGCCAUGGUGACUGUGUGUUCCACGGCCCAGGAGGACUACAGUGAGACCAGUCUGGUCUGUCUGACCAACCUUGGAGACCUGCACUUGUUUAACGUACCUGCCCUACGGCCACAGGUACGUUAUGACUGUAUCCGUAAAGAGGACAUCAGUGGCAUCGCUUCCUGCGUCUUCACAAGGAACGGGCAGGGGUUCUACCUGAUCUCUCCAUCAGAGUACCAGCGUUUCUCCCUGUCAGCUAAAGUCAUCACAGAACCUCUAUGUACUGUGGAGCUGGAGAGACCUCUGGAGACACACAUCAGCGACGACGCAGCCAUGCCUCUCCGGGCCAACGGAACUCACCGGAACCAGGCUGAAGGGUUAAACGAGGACCCCCAGUGUGGCCUCCCCUCCCCGCCUCCCCUCUCCCCUCUGGACUCCCCCCUCAGCAUGGCUGACAUCAGCCUGGACACCACCGGAGAACUCACUGUAGAGGACGUCAGGGACUUCCUCACUUCCGUGGACGAGGUAGAGAAUAACUUGAGGAACAUCACAGAGGAGGACGGAUGCUCUCUAGGAGUCCUGAUCACCUGACCAGGUCUGCUGUGUUGUGGGAGGAUCUGGACUACAGACAGACAUCAUGGGAUGCUACCUGCCACUCCUCCUCCUCUCCAUCACGGCCUUCCAGUCCUGGGGUUGUUGGACUGACCAUGUGACCACUUCGGCUACUGAGGAAAGGACUGAAGAACGUCAUGAUGAACUGUUAUCUAACCACUAACACACUACACCUAGUCAACACGUUGGGAUGGACCUCCUCUUCAUCCCUCCUCUAUCCCUUUAUCCCUCCAUCCCUCCUCUAUCCCUACUUCAUCUAUCCCUCCCUCCAUCUCUCAUCCCUACAACUGUGAACUUAAUGUUGAGUAGAGAGAUGCCUAACACAGUGAAGUAAACAAUAUUACCUUUCCCCAGUAUUACAUGUUAUUAACAUGAAGGAACUAACCACCAAGGCUUUUCUAUUGAUGAUGUUGCUAUAGAUACACUAUGUUUUCUAUACGUCUGAUAAAUGCUAUUUUAUAUUCUAGGUAGUCUGGAGCGCUAAGCUCACGGUCUGUCUAGAGCUAACGGUUAGCUAACUGUCUGUCUAGAGCUAACGGUUAGCUAACUGUCUGUCUAGAGCUAACGGUUAGCUAACUGUCUGUCUAGAGCUAACGGUUAGUUAACUGCUACCUGUCAAGAGCUGUCUAGAGCCAACUGUCUGUCUAGAGCUAACGGUUAGCUAACUGUCUGUCUAGAGCUAACGGUUAGCUAACUGCUACCUGUCAAGAGCUGUCUAGAGCCAACUGUCUGUCUAGAGCUAACAGUUAGCUAACUGUCUGUCUAGGGCUAACGGUUAGCUAACUGCUACCUGUCAAGAGCUGUCUAGAGCCAACUGUCUGUCUAGAGCUAACGGUUAGCUAACUGUCUGUCUAGAGCUAACGGUUAGUUAACUGCUACCUGUCAAGGGCUAACGAUUAGCUAACUGCUACCUGUCAAGGGCUAACGGUUAGCUAACUGCUACCUGUCUGUCUAGAACUAACGGUUGGCUAAAUGCUAUCUGUCAAGAGCUAACGGUUAGUUAACUGUCUGUCUAGAGCUAACGGUUAGUUAACUGUCUGUCUAGAGCUAACGGUUAGCUAACUGUCUGUCUAGAGCUAACGGUUAGCUAACUGUCUGUCUAGAGCUAACGGUUAGCUAACUGUCGGCUAAAUGCUAUCUGUCAAGAGCGCUAACUGAAUUGUUUUAAUAAUGGAAGGAAUUCAGGCCAGCAGAAUCUCAAUAGUCUGAAGAUGCUUCCUCUCGUCUCCUCACCUCUCCUUCGUCUGCGCAGGAAAACGAUAUAAAGAAUAUAUGAUGAGGGAAUUCGGUUUCAGGUGACCAGGUCUUUCAGAUCAGAAGGAGGAGAAGACGAGCUACUUUAGACUGUUGGGACGCUGUCUGGGUGAAGCAGUGUGUUCUGGGUAACAGAGGAGGACCCUAUCACAAGUCAACAAUUAUUUUAACCUUUUUAAAAAACUUUUACAGUGUAAAAUAUCUUUAGGUUGGGACCCAGAGGAGACGAGACGGGUUCUACCAAACGAUCAGAGAACGUAGAACCUGUCACCAUAGUUAACGCUAAGCAGUAUAAUGUGGUUGGGUCAGGGGACCUCUGUGUUAAAGGGACCUCAUUAAGGACUGUAGCAGAGCAGAGAGGAGGGUCUGUCUCCGCCUGCCUCACUCACUAACCACUCGUAGCCAUGGGAACCAGGACCAGAGUCUCUGUUUCCUGUAGAGUUCUGAUCCUCUAGUGGUGCUGAAGGAGAAUGUUAAUAAAGUAUUUACUCCUAAA